AUGCAAAUACAACAUAAAAAUAGAAAGCCAUGGACACCCGAAGAAAAAAAAAUUGCAUUUUCAAUAUAUUAUAAAUCUCCAUCAACCUAUAAGUAUAUGCGUAAGAAUAAAAUAACCCUACCAGGUGAAAGUACUAUGAGACGUUGGUUGCAAAGUAUUAAUUAUUCUCCAGGUUUCCCAAUUGAAUACAUGCAACAGAUCAAAUAUAAAGUUUCAUCAAUGAAUUACCACCAAAAAAAAUGUGUUGUUUUACUAGAUGAAGUUUCUUUAAUGAAUUGUCUAGAAUUCAACAAAGCACUUGAUUUUAUAGAAGGCUAUCAAGAUUUAGGGCAAUUUGGACGAUCUUCAGAUCCAUCCAAAAAUGCCUUAGUAAUAAUGAUUCGUGGCCUAUAUCAAAAUUGGAAAUUUCCAUUUGCAUUUUUCUUUAGUGGAUCUGGUGUAAAGGGAACAGACCUAGUUGAAAUAAUAACUGAAUGCAUAAAAAAACUGGAAGAAGUUGGAUUGCUGCCAGUAGGUAUUGUGUGCGAUCAAGGGUCUCAAAAUCGUAGGAUGUUUGAUUUACUUGGUGGGACAAAAACUGACCCAGUAGUCGACAUUAAUGGUAAAAAAAUAUGUCUAAUAUAUGAUGUCCCACACCUCAUAAAAAGUUUACGUAACAAUUUAUUAAACGGUGACAUAGAAAUUGGCAGUAAAAAAAUUUGUUUCCAAGAUAUCAAGGACACAUUUGCAAUUGAUGUGAAUAGUAAGACAGCUCGUUCAAUGCCAAAAAUAACAACAACUCAUUUACAUCCAAAUGCGUGGCAAAAAAUGUCAGUGAAAUAUGCAACUCAAAUAUUUAGCAAAUCAGUUUCAGCAUCAAUUCGUACAUGUAUCGCUACUGGAGAAUUAACAUCAGGCACAGCAGAAGACACAGCAGAAUUUGUAAUGCAAAUCAAUGACACUUUUGAUAUUUUAAACAGUAAAAGCUUAUACGACAAAAAUCCUAAUUCUCGGCCACUAAGUGAAGCUAACAAAAACUUAUUUCAAACUUUAAAAAAUACAUGUAACAUAUUCCUCGAAGCUAAAAAACUACAUAAAAACAAAAAUAUAAAGUCACAACCUCCUUGCUUUACCGGAAUUGUUUGGUCAAUCAACUCGAUUUUAGCACUGUAUGAAAUUGAAAAAUCAGAUGUAUUGAAUAAAUGUGAUACUGAAAAACCGUAUUUCUUAUUGACCAACCGUUUAUGCCAGGACCCACUAGAAAAUCUUUUUUCUAUAAUGCGGCAAAAGAACGGGUAUAAUCGUAAUCCAACUUCAAGGAUGUUCAGAAGUUGUUAUGCAAACAUUUGUACAUUUAGCCUUAUGAAAUGUUCAGAGUUGUGUAACUGUGAAGAAGACAAUGAUGUUUUUCUUACAGUUGAUGUUCUAUCUGAUGUGUCUAAUACUGAAGGAACCACUAUUGAACACAAAGAAGAUGAAGUAUUAGAUGAAUUAGAAAAUUCAUCAUCAAAUUCAAAUUCAGAUUGGUCUCCAAAUACAUAUGUUCCAGAAGAAACAACCACAUUAGAAACAUGUUCAAUUGUAUACUUUGCUGGUUAUUUAGUAAAAAAAUGUCUGGAUUUUUUCAACUGUAACAUCUGCUUAGAACAAUUAAUUAAAAACAAUGAUGAAAUGAACGACAAAAAUCAAUUAUUGAUUUUGAAUAAAACAUAUAGAGGUGUUAUUCAUGGAGGUUUGAAGACACCCACAAAUGAAUUUGUAAACAUAUGUACAAUGUGUUUAAAAUACUUUGAAAAAAAUUGGGAGUCUAUAAAAAGUAAAAAAGGAAUAGUAAAAACAUUAAUGCAGUCAAUAUCUUUAUCAGAUAUAAUACCCUCAUUCGACAGCCAUCCGUGCAAAGAACACUAUUUAUACAUUAUUCGCCUACUGUUUGUUACUAAAAUUUUUCAUACAUGUAAGCAAAUUAAUGAACAGUCAACAAUUAAAUCAAUAUCAUCAACAACUAAACCACAUUCCAAGUUAAGAAUUUUAAAUAAUCAAUGA